AGUGGAGGAAGUAGCUCCACAGCUUGGAUGCGUGUGUGUGUGUGUGUAUAUGUGUGUGAGGAGCAGAGUUACCUCCAUAGUGAGAGUGUCGCUAACCACUGGAUUGUGAAAAAAAAAGGACACAAGAGGAAGCCCGCAGCGGAUUCGCCUUUUUUUCUGGAGGAGUCUACGAGUCGUUUUUAUUUGUAUUUUUUUUGUUUAACUCUCUUUGCGGUACAGGUAGAAGCCGAUCCAGAAGCGAGGCAUUAUGCAUUCAGACUGCAGGCUGCUAUGGGCAGAGCGGUAAUGGUGGGCAGGGGACCGACAGGGGCCGGGGUUCUCGUCCUGUCGAUUCUCAUCAUCCUCACCACGGAGGGCUGCGGAGCACAGAAAGGUGAUGGCUGUGGUCCCAGUGUGCUUGGCCCCAGCAGUGGGACUCUGUCCUCUCUGGGUUACCCGGGGACGUACCCCAACAACACGGUGUGCGAGUGGGAGAUCAGCGUGCCCCGCGGCAGCAGGGUCCACUUUCGCUUUGCCGAGCUGGACAUAGAAGACAACGACUGCCAGGUCAACUACCUCCGCCUCUACAACGGCAUCGGACCUGAGAGGAGUGAGAUUGUGAAGUUCUGCGGUUUGGGUCUGAAGGUCAAAGAGCUGAUUGAAUCCACCGGCAACCAGGUCACUGUUCAGUUCAUGAGCGGGACCCACCACACUGGACGUGGAUUCUACUUGUCCUACUCCACCACGGAGCACGCAGAUCUAAUCACCUGCUUGGACAAAGGAACUGAUUUCCCUGAGGCAGAGUUCAGUAAAUACUGUCCAGCCGGCUGUUUGACGUCUACAGGGGAGAUUUCUGGAACUAUACCUAACGGUUACAGAGAGUCCUCUCCUCUGUGCGUGGCAGCUGUCCAUGCAGGUGUGGUGUCCAACGCCGUGGGAGGCAGGAUCAGCGUGGUCAGCAGCAAAGGCAUCCCUCACUAUGAGGCCACACUGGCUAACAACGUCACGUCCACUGGAGGAACUUUGUCAAACAGCCUCUUCACCUUCAAGACCAAUGGCUGCUCCGGGACUCUGGGUUUGGAGUCCGGUGGCCUUGCGAACACUCAGCUUUCCGCCUCCUCUGUGUGGGAGUGGAACAACGUGUGGGCGCCUUCGGGGGCUCGUCUGAAGAGGGACGGGCUGCCGUGGUCUCCUUCUCACAGUGACCACCAGCAGUGGCUGCAGGUGGAUCUCAAGAGGGAGAAGAGGAUCAUCACAGGCAUCAUCACCACGGGCUCGACUCUGAGAGAAUACCAGUACUACGUCUCGGCAUACCGGGUCCAGCACAGUAGCGACGGCCAGCAGUGGCACAUCUACAGAGAAGCUAAUUCUACACAAGAUAAGAUUUUCCAGGGCAACAUCAACUACCUGCACGAGGUGAGGAAUAACUUCAUUCCUCCAAUUGAAGCCCGCUUUCUGAGGAUAUAUCCAACCACAUGGCACCAGAGGAUCGCGCUCAAGUUGGAGCUGCUCGGCUGCCAGUUUCCUUCAGUGAGGACGAGGCCGGAUCUAUUGCCCAGGAUGUUCUCCCCUCCUCAACGUUCUCCACCUUCUGGGGGAACAAAACAUCCACCCCACCUUGGCCAAACCACACACACCCCAGACAUCAGAAACACUACUAUGCCUCCUCACACCGGCAAAGAUGUGGCGCUGGCGGCAGUACUGGUUCCUGUGCUGGUCAUGGCUCUGACUGCUCUCAUUGUGAUUGUGGUUUGUGCUCUGCACUGUAGGAACAGGAAAAAGAGCUCUGAAGGGACGUAUGAUCUCCCUCACUGGGAUCGCACAGACUGGUGGAAAAGCAUGAAGCAGCUGUUGCCCUCGAAGAUGGUCGAGGCCGAGGACUCAGUCCGGUACAGCAGCAGUGAGGUGGGCCGGCUCACGGGGAGAGGAGCUGUACCCAGACUACAUGCUGAACCUGCAGAGUACGCUCAGCCCCUGGUCAGCGGUGUUACAACUCUGGGUGCACGGUCCACCUUUAAACCAGACGAGGGGCCCGACCCGGGGUACUCAGACCCCGACCUGUACGACGCCCCCAUCUCUCCAGACGUGUACCACGCCUACGCAGAACCCCUGCCCGCUUCAGGAUCUGAAUACGCCACACCCAUCGUGGUGGAUAUGGGCUGCCACCCAUCAGGCAGCUCCACUUUGAACCAGACCUCCGCGGUGUGCGGUUUCAUGGGUGCCGGGGCGGCCUCUCUGCUCACACAGACUGACGGCGCCCACUCAGGGAGGUCGGCUUAUGACACGCCCAAGAACGCCACUGGACAGGCCACGCCCACUGAGGAUCAGACCUAUCAGGUACCUCAGAAUAAGCCGACAGGACAGAGCUGAAGAGUCCG